AUGCCCCUGCUGCCCAGCGCCAUGUGCCUGGCAGCCCUGCUCUUCUGGACAGGCCACGGAGCGGGCGCCUUGAUGAUGCCCAACGCCACCCUGGCACUGGCCAGGCCCCAGACUACAGCCAUGAGGGUCCUGACUGGCCUGGGGAUGCCCAGGUACCGCCGAAAGCGCCACAUCUCUGCCCAGGACAUGAGUGCCCUGUUGGAUUAUCACAACCACAUCCGAGCCAACGUGUACCCACCUGCCGCCAACAUGGAGUACAUGGUCUGGGAUGAGAGGCUGGCUAGGUCCGCCGAAGCCUGGGCCACCCAGUGCAUCUGGGCCCACGGGCCCUCGCAGCUGAUGCGAUACGUGGGCCAGAACCUCUCCAUCCACUCUGGCCGGUACCGCUCAGUGGUGGAUCUCGUGAAGUCGUGGUCCGAGGAGAAGCAGCAUUACGUGUUUCCGGCCCCGAGGGACUGUAACCCACACUGUCCUUGGCACUGCAGCGGCCCCGUCUGCUCCCACUACACCCAGAUGGUGUGGGCCUCCUCCAACCGGUUGGGUUGUGCCAUCCACACCUGCGGCAGCAUCAGCGUCUGGGGCAGCACUUGGCAUCAGGCGGUGUACCUGGUCUGCCACUACGCCAUUAAAGGCAACUGGAUCGGGGAGGCUCCCUACAAGAUGGGGAGGCCGUGUUCCGCCUGCCCCCCCAGUUACCGAGGCAGCUGCCGUAGCAACAUGUGCUUCUCUGGUCUGAAGUCCAACAGGCUCCUGUGGUUCUGAAUGUUCCCUGGGUUCUGGCAGAUCUCCAGCUGGGCCUGAACCUUCGAGUCACACCCCCUAAAUGCAGCCCAGGAAGUCCUGGUUCCAAAGGUCAUGAGUUAGGGUCUCCCAUCAAGCUCUGUUUUCCCAAAGAGUGUAGACCUCCUGGCUCUCCUUUCCUCGUUUCUAACUCAAAGGUUCCUGAACGGAUUUGGCCGACUGCCCCUUUUCAGAAAAG